CAAUAAAGCUACUGUUUAGCUGCUCAUAGAUGACACACAGGCUACCCAAACUAGUAAACGUUGUUCAAAGUUUGGAAAUAGAUUUAGCACACAAAAAUUUAAAAAUACAAAUAGAAGAAUGAAAGGGAUUGUAGAUUGUAUGCUUAAUUAAUUCAGAGUAGGCCUACCAGUAGGCAUACAUGCUGACCAACUACGUGACAUUAAAUGUUUAUUUAUCUAUAGGCCUACUUAGGCAACCCUAACCCUAACCCUUAUAACAAUAUUUAUAACAUUAUAUGCUUAAAAUAUGCAUUGAUUUCGUGCUUUGUUUGAUGUAACGCCCCAUCUUCGCAACUAGAUGGGGACAUGCCUCUCAGUAAAGAUUAAGAACGCUGAAUAAAGAGGCAAAUUAAGCCUAAACCAUUCUUGAGAAUUACAACGACUUCAAUGUGCAUAAUGUUCGGCUCAACGUCUGUAUAUGUUGUUUAAUGCACACACAAAUAAAGUAUUUUCUUGUUCAUGGCGUGCAGGCUACUUCUACAGAACCGUUUCGAGAAAUGAAGGACCUACAAAUUAGGCUACUUUAAAACUAAAGUUCGAACAAUAAAAUCUAAUCUGUGCAGACUCAAGUAAACCACUUAAUAUGUAUAUUUUAAAUCUCGUUGGACGCGGAGGAUUUAAAAGCCAACGUUUCUAUUGAUUAAGACAAAUUAUCUGAAGAGAGACGGUCUUGGCAUUGGACACAUGCAUCGAAGACUUCCGGAUAAUACCGAAGGGUCCCGGCGGAGUGAGGAGCAGCGCGCGGACGGGACGGGAGGGUUCGGGGAUACCCGAACAGAGGGGAAGAGAUGCCAACCCACUGGUUCGUUUCAUCAUAGGGCUCUAUAUAGAUAUUCAUCAUGAAAUCUUGACCAUUUUUAAGUUAAAGUUAUACAAUAAACGGGUCAUGGGGUAAUAGGGCCUUAAAAAAGGCUAAUAAGUCAGAUCAUGCAAAGUAAAGAAGGGAACAUUUCGGCCCAUUGUAAGAACAUCCAAAGGUAACCAUGGUGCGGGGGAGGCUCCCGGGCUGGGGGCAGCAGGACCCAAAAGAGGUGCUGGUGCACGUGAACGUAGGAGGGCUGAAGAGGAGCCUUUGCUCCAGCACCCUGAGGAACUUUCCAGAAACCAGACUGGGGAAGCUGCUGAGCUGUGACACAGAGGAGGCCAUCCUACAGGUGUGUGAUGACUACGACGUGCAGCAGAAGGAGUUUUAUUUCGACAGGAAUCCCGGUCUCUUUCCUUACCUUCUUCACUUCUAUCAGACGGGAAAACUACACAUCAUGGAGGACCUGUGCGUCUUCUCCUUCAGCCAGGAGAUAGAAUACUGGGGCAUCAAUGAGUUCUUCCUGGACAGUUGCUGUAGUUACCGUUUCCAUGACCGCAAGCUAGAGAGCAGCCGCCAUCGCAGCUGGGACGAUGAGAGCGACGUCAGCAGUGUGGACACGUCCGUGGACGAGAUCUCAGAUCUAAACAGGGACAUGCUGCGUUUCCAGGAAGUGCCCUAUGGCAAUGCAAGGCGGUGUCUCUGGCUGACCCUGGAGAACCCUGGCUACUCCAUCCCCAGCAAGGUGUUCAGCCUGCUGUCCAUCAGCGUGGUGCUCACCUCCAUCGCUGCCAUGUGCAUCCACAGCAUGCCAGAACACCAGAGCUUCGACGAAGAUGGGAAACUGAUGGAAGACCCCAUCAUGCAGAUUCUGGAGGUCUUCUGUACCUGCUGGUUCUCCUUUGAGGUGGUGACAAGGCUGCUGCUAGCUCCUAACCAGAGGAAGUUCUUCCGCCAUCCUCUGAACAUCAUAGACUUGGUGUCUGUGGUCCCUGUCUACAUCACUGUGACCUUUGACCUCAUGCUGGGGGAAGCGUCAGAACGCGGAAUUCUGGGGGCACUCCUUCAGGUCUUUCGCUUGAUGCGAAUAUUUCGGGUGUUGAAGCUGGCCAGACACUCCACAGGCCUCCGAUCUCUGGGAGCCACGCUACAGCACAGCUACCGUGAGGUGGGCAUCCUGCUGCUGUACCUGGGGGUCGGAGUCUCUGUGUUCUCCGGCAUGGCCUACACCGCCGAGUACGAAGAGGAUGUCGGUCUGGACACCAUCCCGGCGUGCUGGUGGUGGGGGACGGUCUCCAUGACGACGGUGGGCUACGGCGACGUGGUCCCGGUGACGGUGGCGGGGAAGCUGGCGGCCAGCGGCUGCAUUCUGGGCGGCACCCUGGUGGUGGCGCUGCCCAUCACCAUCAUCUUCAACAAGUUCUCCCACUUCUACCGCAAGCAGAAGGCUCUCGAGGCCUCGGUGCGCAACCACGACCCCCAGCAGGGGGUCCGCCGCGCCCAGGAGGGGCCGGAGCCGUCCUCAGACGGAGACAGCCGCUGUCUGGACGACGACGACGAGGAUGAGGAAGAGGAUGAGGAUUAUGAUGUGGACUUUGAGGAGGAUGGGGGCGUGGUUAACUACAGCUAUGUGGAGCAUCCUUCAUACACUGGGAGGACGGAGCGAUGCUGACUGGGAGGACUGGAGUGGACUGGGAGCACUGGUGUGGACUGGGAGGAGGACUGGUGUGGACUGGGAGGAGUGGUGCAGACUGGGAGGAGGAGUGGUGUGGACUGGGAGGAGGAGUGGUGUGGACUGGGAGGAGUGGUAGUGCUGACUGGGAGGAGUGGUAGUGCUGACUGGUUGGAAGAGGAACACUCAAACACCAAGGUUGAAGUCAUGUGUUGCGAAGCCCAAAUCAUACAGAGCGCACAUUUUGCCUCAUAUUUGUAGCGCGACUCAAACUUAGAACUAGAAUCAUACUGUUUUCUUAGGGCGAGUGUAGCAGGACUAGGUUCUUCUGCUUGCUUCAAAAAAAAUGAAGCAAGUGUCUGCCCAAUGCAGCGAUGUGCUUCAGGCUUUAGACUGUUCACUUACUGCCUGACUGCUGUUUGACCAACCAAAUGAACAAAACCGCUCACCACUACAAAACAGGACAAAACAGGAAGUUAGGGGAACAUUAUAUGGUCUGACAUCCUCUCAGCGAUCUCUCCUCAGUAUUCAGCUUUACCCUUGUUAAGACGCAAUGGCAGGACGCUCAAAUGCUAAACCCUCGAUGUCUCUCAACCAAUGACGUCCAAGCGGGGCGGAGCUUAGGUGUAUUUUUUUACAAUCUAGCAUGUAAUAAUAAUAAUAAUAAUAAAUGUU